AUGAAAUUCACAUCCCCAAUCCUCCUCCUCGUGCUUCCAGCACUCUCCCUCGCUCGACCCUCUCUCCAGGGGGGAGAUCAGCAACUGCAAGUUCGCGGAGACGAUGGCGACACAUCCGUACGCGACGCCAUUCUCGGGCUCAGUUUCGUCGGUGACGUCGGGGCAACCUCCGACAUCCGGACUGCGUCGGCCAGCGGAGAACCGAGGGAGUGUCCGCUGCUAGUUGGCCCAUCGAUGAAUAUCACCUUGGUCUAUAUGGAUGCCCCGGAUUCUUUGGGGGAUGGUGGUGAGGGGUCUCCGGCCAAGAAUGGCACCGUGACAAGGUUGGCGAAGAGGCGGGGUAAUCUUCGCUGUCUACGGGUUUGUGUACGUGCUCUCCUUUCCCUUAUUGCUUCCUUGCUUUUGGCCUGCUCUCGUUGCUGAAGGAAUUGCCCCACAGUAUGCUGGGAGUUGCGAUCUCGUGGACUGCGGGACGCAGUAAAUGCCGAACGGACGCUUUCGACGACGACAUCCAUUUCGGCUCUUCUCUUCUCCGUUUGCUUUUAUUUCAUUUCAUCGAUUUCGGAUACCUUAUCGGGUAG